AGGGAGGUUGUGGAUGCCCCGUCCUUGGACGUGUUUAAGGCCAGGUUGGACGGGGUCCUGGGCAACCUGAUCUGAAUAUGUAUGUUUGGUGGCCCUGCUAGGCAGGGGGGUUGGAACUACAUGAUCCUUGGGGUCCCUUCCAACCCGGGUGAUUCUGUGAUUCUGUGAGAGCCAAAGGAAUGCCUGAGCAGAUCUGAGCGGAGGAGGCAGGGUUCUGCCUGAGCAGAAGGGUCCUGGUGUAUUUUUGUAUCCAAGUGGUAUCCAGAAGUAGUAAAAGCAUGCAAAAAGUUAAUGGAAAGGUCUUGCAUGUCUGGUGUCAGAGAAGCCAUUCAUCUGAUACAUUAUGUAAUGAUGGCAUUCCAGAGAAACUGGAAGGUGAUCUAUUUUAUUGCUUGGUCUCUCCUGAGAAUGCUAAACUGUAUCCUGAUUGGAACUUAGUGCAAAACAUUGUUCUUAAGAGAACAAUGUUUUUUUAGACUUACCUCAUUACAGUUGCUGUUAGAUUUAUACUUAAAGCUAGUUACUCUAUAUGAACUAGACUGAAAAACAGGUGAAACCUCAGUUUCUCUGUAUUUUUUAUGUGCUACACCCACACCUGUACAAAAGAGUGAUUGUUGCUGUUGUUGCAAGUUCUACUUACCUUUAAAGGAGAGAUGCUUUAAAUUUGCAGUGAAAAGGCAUUUCCUCUAGUGAUAACUUGUAAAAAGUUAUUUUAAAAAGAUGUUUCUGAACUGAUCAUUUCUUGGGAAGGAUCUGGGAGAGGUCAGAAUGUUAGUUCUCACCAGGUUACUUGCAUGGCAUUCCCUUCUCUGACACCCUGACGAGCUGUAAGCCAUAGGGUUAAGAAGAAACAAACCCUCCCAUAUAUUUGCAGUGAUCAGGCUAGGAAAUACUUGUGUUGAAAUAUCUUGGAAUUUUGUUUUUCAAAGAGUUUUCCUUGAAAUCAAGUGAAUAAUUUAGUCAAUGUACAGAAAAGUACUCUUCUGUAUAGUUCAUAUAAUUUUCAUUCUCUUUUUUAAACUUAUGGGUUUCUGUGUGGCUUAGUGCAACUGGUAGCAGUAAGUGGUAUAGGUUUUACAUCUGGUAAAAUGUUUCUAAAAGCAAACUAUUAAUGGCUAAGUAAAGGUGAGUCUGUGUCAGGAAGAGAGGUCUUCUAAGUCCAUUUAGUGAUCAUGCCUUGUUUGUUGAAUUUACUUAAUGAUUCCGUGUGACUUGCCUGACAUCAUCAUAAAGCCCUGUUGAGCUUCAUUCUCCUCGCAGCAAAACCAGGGGAGCAGUGGCUAUCUGCCUCACAGCUUGUGUGGGUUAGCCUUAAAGCAGUGAAGGUGCUCAGUGAAUGCACAGAAUUACAUGCUGCGUACAGUUUGCAUAUGAGAUGAUGCUAUCAUCAGAUGCUUGGUAUCCACGUUAUCGCUGGGGAAGAGCAUUUGUCAUGCAGUCACCUUAUAAAUGAGCAUGAUCUUUAUCUAUGCUAUAUUUAGUAACACUAACGUUGAUUGGUCUGAUGUGUGCUACUGUAUUAUUUGUUCUGUGUAUUUAAAAUCGGACUGUCUGGCAGGAUCUCAGUGGAUCUCCUUUUGGCUGUUCAUCAUGGUGGACCCAAGUGCUUCUCUUGGAAGUACACUGGAUUGUGAGGCAGUGGAGCAUUUCUGCUGGGCUGGGGAGCAGGCCAGGGCUGCAAUAGGGCAGGUUCAGCUCCCUGUGGCACAGGUGUGUGAAUGGCAAUACUGAAGGAGGUGGUAUGGACGCUAAGCAUUGUCUGCAGCACGGGGGUUAACAUGGCCUCCCUCAUCAAGGAAAUAAUUAUUUUCACUGCUCUGAGAAAACUGCCUUUUAAAAAAUGAAUCUGGUGUCCAACAAAAUCGUUAAUGUAUGGAUGCUUUUUGCUUUUUACUUUGAUUAAAAAUGAGCUGUGCAACGUAUUAGGUGCAGUAUGGUAGCCAAAUUCUACUUCAAACUGUGAUGUACAGUUUUAAUGACAGUUCUGCAAGGGCCAAUCACUGUGUAUUCUUUAUACAGGCAACACUUAAUGAAGUAUACACAUUACUAAUGUCCAUCCUGCAGAGAAAUGAGCUGUGAAAAAAUUCAAGCAAACAUGUUCCAACUGUUCAUACAAAGGAUUGCAUAAGUCACACAUUGUGUUUCCACAAAACUUUCCCCACAAUUUGCUGCUGAUCAGCAUGUACUUCAGUUACUUUCCUCCAAUUAAAAUUUGCAAACAGACCAGCUUUCCAGUGCUAACAGAGAUUCGGAGCCACGUGUUUCAGGAAUGGCUGGGCACGCCACACCGAUACAAUAUAAAGGCAACGUUAAUCACCUUCUCUCUCACUUUUUAAUAGCUCCCUUCUAUGGUUCUCAUUUUCCCUCAGUAGAGACUUAAGAUUAAAAGAACUUUAUUAUAUUUCAAAUACAGUUUAAUCAUGGAUCUCCUUCAUAGCAAUGGAGUGCUUAUCAUUCAGCAUUUACAGAGAGACUACAGGGCUUAUCAGGAUUUCCUUAAUUUUAUGUCACAUGUUGGAGAUCCUCGGAAUAUAUUCUCAUUUUAUUUUCCUCUUUGGUUUCAGCUCAACCAGGUGGUUGGUACUAAAAUGAUAUGGGUGGCAGUCAUUGGUGAUUGGUUCAACCUGAUAUUUAAAUGGAUUUUAUUUGGCCAUCGUCCCUACUGGUGGGUGCAUGAAACAAUGAUUUAUCCCAAUCAGUCAAGCCCAUGCCUUGAACAGUUUCCUAUAACAUGUGAAACUGGACCAGGGAGCCCAUCUGGACAUGCCAUGGGAUCUUCCUGCGUCUGGUAUGUAAUGGUAACAGCAGCACUUAGCUACACAGUAAGGUGGAAAGAGAAAUCAGCAGUUACCCUUCACAGACUGACGCGGUCAUUACUCUGGACUAUUUUUUGGAUUAUCCAGAUCAGUGUGUGCAUCUCAAGAGUAUUCAUAGCAACACAUUUCCCUCAUCAAGUUAUUCUUGGAGUAUUUGCUGGAAUUGUUGUGGCAGAAGCAUUUGAGCAUACUCCUGCUAUUCAGACAGCAAGCUUGAGAAUGUACAUCAAGACAAACCUGUUUCUUUUCAUCUUUGCCCUUGGUUUUUACCUAGUCCUCAAGCUUCUUGAUAUUGACUUGCUGUGGUCUGUCCCAAAGGCCAAGAAAUGGUGUGCCAAUCCAGACUGGAUAAACAUUGACACAACUCCCUUUGCUGGACUGGUGAGAAAUUUAGGUGCAUUCUUUGGCUUAGGUAUUGGUAUUAAUUCAGAAAUGUUCAUCACCAGCUGCAAGGGUAAAAACAGCUGUAAGAUAAGUUUCCGCUUAUUGUGUAUAGCUGCUUCUUUAGCUACACUACAGCUGUAUAAUUUUGUUAAGAUACCUACUCACACUGAGUAUUUGUUCUACAUUCUCUCUUUUUGUAAGAGUGCAGCUAUGCCUCUGACUGUAGUCGCCUUGGUUCCAUACUGUGUCCACACGUUAAUGAGGACAACUGAUAAGAAAUGUAAUUAGAUAAGGUUUCCAAAUGGUUGCAAGUGCAAGGAUAUGAACUGUUCAAGAGCCCUCCACAAAGGCAGUUCUAACUCAUGUUAACCAAGGGGGAUGCCACUGCACCUUUGAUGUGCUCCUGGUAAGUAGUCUGUAUAUCCCAAAUCAGUGCGUUCAAGAAUGGUUUUGGCAGCUCAGAAAUAUUAAGUAGUUGCUGACUUUAUUCCUAGAAGCAUUGCAAUGAAGGACACUGCAGUAUGGUUUUCUAACAAUACUCUGAGUCAUGAUGAAGUUUUAAGGUAUAAUUGGCUAGCUUUAUUCAGCUACUUGGUCACCUUUUAGUUCUGUCCAUUGCCAACUAGAUGGUGCUUUGGGCCUCGGUGGUAUAUAGUGGUACACAAUAUUUAAUUUUUUAACAUGUAGAUGUGUUAAACUGCUAGCUAAUGGAGUGACAGUAUUACACCACCUGCAACUGUACAACUGUCCCCGAGCACUGCGAAAAAAUCCAAUGCAGUUAUCAGGAAAAUUUCUAUAGGUCUGUCUUCUUGCGCUUCCCGAGCUAACAGCUUCUGCUUAAGCCAGAUGCAAAAAAAAAAUAAAAGAAAAUUUGUUCCAAUUAGACUCUGUAGAAUAUAUUGUUGCAUUACUGUGACUUUUGAAGUCUUUACUUUUAAAAAUGAUCAUAUAAAUCAUGAAUGAUAAUGAUUACACUUUUGAUGUUGAAAAUACAUGAGUUUGAUGUAGUAAAUAUUGUACUGCUGUACGUCUACACAGAGCAACAAAUAUAGAAAGCUGUCAAUCACUAAACUAGCUCAGCAUACUCCCUCAAGAAUGUUGUUCAUGCUUCUGUAUUGCAAGUGUAAAUUAGUUUAAUUCUGUCAUUUCAAGAGUCAAACGUCAAAAUCAGUUACUGCUUCUGAAAAUCAUGAAAAUGGGAUUGAAGAGUAAGCUUGGCUUAUGCACAGAAGUUACUAAUAUGCUAAAUGUAAAUUUAUUACGUAGAACUGGCAUUCUAUAAAUGGAAAGCCACAUACUUUCCCUUUUUUCCCUUUUUGUUCACUAUUUGUCACCUACUGUUGCGUGUUUACUUUCACUGCCCAACCUCUAAGCAAUAUCAUCCUUACAAUACUGAGUAUGCAUGCGGCGUAAGGCUAUAAAAUAGGUAAUGAGGGCUGUGUGUGUGUGAUCUGAUAGCAGUACAGCUUAGAAGAUGUUAGCAUGGUAUUGCUUUGAACUUCCAGUUAGUAGUGGGAUGUAAAUAAUCUUAUUUAAUUAGGAAAACGAGGCAAAUUUUAUUUGUACCUUGGGAGUUCACAUGAUACAAAUUUCAGGGACAUUCUUUCUUAAAAGCCUUCUAAGACUACUUUGACAUUUAAAAAGUUUUUAACAGUCUGAAGAGUGCUCUGCUUUACAUAACUGCCAUUGUUGUCUUUAAUGAUUCUCUGAACUCUUCUCUCACAGCAUGUGGCUUGAAACCAACCUUAUCUAUAAUUACGAGUCUUUAAAAUUUAAGCAAGUAUGACUAAGCUAAUGGGACUGGAAACAAAUAAUGAAGAACUAAAAGACAGCUCUGGCAAAGAUUUCUCCUACAUUCAGUUUGCUCUUCAGUGCUUGGUUAUUCCCUAGUAGAAUGUAACAUACAAAGCGAUAGAAGGUUGGCCUAGCUGUCCUUCUGUCUGUCUAUCCUGGCCAGCAGUAGGAGAUGCUCUAUACAUAGCAAUCUGGCUAUUGCAGCAAUGUUUGGGCCUAUUGGCAAUGUGAGCAGUUUUAAGAGAGGAAUUACGAGUAGACACAUUUCAUGCUAUGUGAGGGUCUGCACUUUGUGGUACUGACAAAGAUUCUUGGAACCAGUAUUAGCAUUGACAACCACAUGUGUAGAAUGACAACUAACAGUUCUGCAGUAUUCUUUUAUACAGCAUGUAGAUGCAUAAGAUGAAAACAAGCUCACUUGUCUUCUCGGAGCUUCCUAUUAAUUCAGCCUGCAACCACAGUGCUUCAGGGAAAGGGACCAGCUUCCUGUCUGAACCAUCUCUUAUUUUUUUCUGAAACUACUGAAAUAUUACUAAAACUAAGCAUGAUGGGAAAACUGAAUAAAUGCAGUUAGUUUCAUUUUACCUAUAACUUCAUAAGUUAAACUGUUGAUAUGGCAGUAGAAUAGGCAUUUUCUGAGCAGCUGUAGUGUGUUGGGGUACAGAGUUUUGCGCUUCUGCCUUAAAGAAUCUCAACAGAGGGCUCCCAAAACUUCAGAUUGGCUAGCUCUUUCUAGAGUGGUGGGAUAAACAAAUGUCAGAUCAAUCUUGAGAUUUUGACAGAAUUAGUAAAUGAGGAGUUGGCCAUUUCAUUGAUACAGCAAAAUAAGUCUAUGUGUCCCUUAGGCUUUAGUGAAUUUACCACAGUUGAAAAUUACACCUCAAGCCUUCUUUAAUAAGGCUGUGGCAAUUUAACUAGGAGCUUUCAAGUUGUUAAACAUUUAAAGUAUAACUUCAUCAGGCUUUUGUAGCUGUUUUAAAUUAACUUUCUGUAUAACGAGAAAGCGCUUACCUGAUUCUCUUGCUCUCAGUAAUGGGGUCCCAGGAGAAAGUUAAUCUUUUAUUCUUGACUUAGAGAUCUUCUAAAUGGGAUAAUGCAGUGCCAAAAGUCCUUCUGCAGAAAGAUCCUGAAAGAUUCUUACUAACCUGUAGCUGAAUUAUGUGAAGUAGCAGUUGAAAAGGCAAGUGAUCCUCACUCCUCCUACAAACUAGCUCUCAAGCUGGCACUGCAUCCAGUUCACAAUGCUUAUUUUCACCAAUAAGCAGCUUUUCUCUUCCUCCCUCUCCUCCUUCCUGCCUAAACAUUCUUCCCUCUGCUCAGACAUGUCACUCUGACUGCACCUUAGUCCCUUCACACAGGUACUGAAGGAAUUUACAAUCAACUGGUUUCAAUUGCACACAGCUACAAAAUGGCAGGAGGUGGCAACCAAGAACGGGCAGGAGCAAUGCAACUUUUGUAUACUGUGAGUACCUUCUGUUAGCAAGUAUGUCUGUAUAAUACAUAACUCCCAAUAUGUAUUAGUCACCUAAAAAUAGUUACCUCACUGAGAAGAGCAGCUUAAUUAGCAAUUGUACCACCCAGCUGGGCCCAGGCUAGCAUAGCUUCAUUGGCCUUCUCAACAGUUCUGUACUGCAGAGCAGAUCUUUGCUACAGACAUUAGCUAAAUACAUUCAAAUAUUUGCUGUCUGCUGUGGAUACUGAAGGGUAAGAGAUGCUAAAGCACAAGGCAGUAAGAAAUGCCAGUCAUUCUGUAGAUAGUUUCACUCCUGAGUCCCCACACCUAAUUACUGCUUUGAAACAUAAAAAGGCUAUGAUAAUUAAAACAGAAGGUUAAUAAUGAACUUCCUUGUUCAUUUGCAGUUAGUGACCAGAACACAAAUUUCUCUGGGACAAAUAGCACUUUAAAGUCAAUUAUGUGGUUUCACAAGAUUCUGAUGAAGGCAUUCCGUAAGUGGAAUUGCAUAAAUCUGGAAAUUAUUUUUUGCUGCAUGGAAUUAAGACAUGGAUCCUACUGAAGUUUUCAACCUUCCACCUUUAUUUAAGUUUUAGCAGUUGUACUAUUCCAUAGUUUUAUAAUAUAUAGUUUUAUGGGGUGACUUGUUACAAAGUGGGGGAAAUCUACACACGUGAACUGCAGAUAUCAGGAUGUUGAGAAUUACUUUUCCAGUUAAUACUCUACCUUUCCAAAUCAAGAUUUAAAUUUUAAUACUGUAAUUUGUCUCAGUAUUCCCAACCAAUACUUAGUAAACAUAUUCCAGGAAAACAAGUUAGUAGUACUUAUUUAAAAAACUUUUACAGAUACAAGUCUCUGGCAGAGGAAGAUACUUCCUGAUCUCUGUUGUUCUAUUUCUUAGAUCUGCUUCAUACAAACAGCUAGUUAAUUAUGGCUAAAAAUUCAUAAUUUUUUU